CUCACUCUUGCUUUUUCUGUGGCACAUCACAAAAUUGUUCAAUGGAGUCAAAAGUGGAGGUACCAUUUCCUACACCUCCAGCAUACUUCUUACCAGAUCAAACAGGGCACGAUGUGAGGAUCUACCAUGUUCACUCACCUUUCAGCCCUCCACCACCGCCUCCUUCCUUCUCUUUUUCUCCUGGAGUUGGAUGCUCCACCCAAGUUCAGUCACCUCUGCCAGUGUCUGCUCUCCCUCCAGCCACUCCCAGGCUGAAGUUUGUGAGCUAUGAAACGGAGCUGUAUCGCUCUCCAGCUCUGACAGCGUGUCCAUCUUGUCAGACUCAGGUCACCACGCAGGUCACCUACCGAGCCGGGACCCACGCGUGGCUCAUGUGUCUUUUGUUUGUGUUGUGCGGGCUGCUGCUUGGGUGCUGCCUGAUUCCACUAUUUGUGAACCAUUUCAAGGACGCCUAUCACACUUGUCCUCGCUGUCGACGGGUCCUCCACAUACACAGGAAGACAUGUUGUGAAUGA